ACGACCUUUAUUAAAAUCUAACUCUGAUGUUACCUUACUUUUACAUAACAAAAUUACUAAUGCUAACAAAAUUGGAAGUCCAGUUUCUACACUAGUUCUUCAGCAAUUUCUUGCUGAGAAUGAUACUUGGGUUUCUCAUAAGGGUGUCGUCUUAGUACCAGGUCAUAGACCACUUCUUAUAAUUUUUGAAGUGAUUAUUAUUUUUUGUAAUGACAAUAAACUAUAUGGUGAGCUUGUUUCAUACUCUAUUAAUAUUUGGGAUCCAACUAUUAAACCACUACCUAAUAAGAGAAAUUCUAAAAUUGUACCUGAUCAAGUUGAUUAUCAUGGCAAUUUUAAUGCUAAAAUUUUUGAAUCAUUAUUUACAAAAUUAUGUAUUAUGAUUAAAGAAAAAUAUGAUGAAACUGAUAUUCAUAUAGAUAGUGCUCUUUAUCAUAAAAGGAGAGCUGAAAAUAUACCUACCUCUAUCUCAAAAAAAUCUGAACUUAGAAAUUAG